AGGGAGCUCAAUCUGCAAGACAAGAUUAUGCCAGACUCUUUCUUUGCGUCGACAAAAAACCGGAAGCGGAAGCGGUCUGUCAGCACGGCCGAGGGAGCUAGGGGAGCUAAGAAAAUCCUGCGCAAGGGCAAAUCUAGUUCUCAAGACACAAAACUUAUCAAUGCAAGCGCAAGGAGGGGGGUGAGAGGAGCCGCAGAUGAAGAAUUGAACUCGGACAGAACAGAUUCGGAGGGUGGCGUAAUAGAUGACAUCGACUUACGUGCAGACGUCCAGCCCGAGACCAGCGGUGACGAAGAUGAACAGGAAACUCCUGCGGAAAAGCGGUUACGAUUGGCAAAGCUCUACCUGGAAAGUGUGAAGGAUGGUCUAGCCGAGGGAGAAUUUGAUGCUGCUGAGAUCGAUAGAGAGCUAAUAUCAGAACGACUGCGACAAGACGUCCUGGAGCAUUCUGGCAAAGUUCACCUCUUCGUGGCAGACUUUUAUGAUUUCACUUCAACGUCAUCCCUACGAUGCAGGGGUCACCGUUUCUCUGUCACUUCUGCUGUCGCAUCGGACGACGCCCAGUUUCUAUACACAUCAGGGAAAGAGGGAACCAUAAAUAAGUGGUCUCUCCAGUCUGGGAAAAAUAUUGCGACGUUCUAUAAACAACGCAUUUCCAAAGGCAAAGAGAAGGCGCUCCCUCAAGAUAUUCAAGGGCACACGGACGAGAUCCUUUCUCUCGCCGUAAGUAGUGAUGGUCGAUACCUCGCCAGUGGAUCUAAAGAUAGGAGAGUGGGCGUAUGGGAUGUAGAGAAGGAUAAAUGGGUGAAAGGCUUUGGAGGACACAAGGAUUCGGUUUCAAGUGUUGCAUUCCGGAAAGGCACACAACAAUUGUAUACUGGCUCGUUUGAUCGGACUGUCAAACUAUUCGAUCUCUCAGCAAUGGGAUAUGUAGAAACGCUAUUUGGACAUCAAGAUACCAUUCUCUGCCUGGAUGCUCUCCGAGGAGAGACCGCUGUUACUGCUGGAGCGAGAGAUCGAACGAUCCGAUUCUGGAAAAUUGCAGAUGAGAGUCAGUUGGUCUUUCGUGGCGGUGGAAAAAGUGCAAUACGGGAAUUGCUUGAAGGAGGCGCGUUCGAAGGCCACGAGGAUGAGGAACACAUGAAUGGGGUGGAGGUUGAUGGUCCGAAAUCAAACAAAAGUAAGGAAAAGAUGAAAGAGAGCAGAUACGCGGAAGGGAGUAUCGAAUGUGUCGCAAUGAUUGAUGAAACUACGUUUGUGAGCGGGGGAGAUACUGGCUCAAUAUGUCUUUGGAACACCCAAAAGAAAAAACCUGUUUAUACACAGACAGUGUGCCAUGGGUUCCACGAAGUACAGUCCACGACCGAGGGACUUGUGCGAACACCCCGCUGGAUAACGGCCGUUGCAUCACUGCGCUAUUCAGACAUGUUUGUUUCCGGCUCAUGGGAUGGCGAUGUACGAUUUUGGAAGCUCGACCAAAAAAUCAGAUCAUUCUCACUGGUUGGGUCGAUACCUGGGCCCGGUGUUGUCAACUCCCUACAACUUCUCGUCUUACCCAAAGGCGCAUUGGACAAUGCUUCUUGGAGAGAAAAGGAACAGCGGUCUUCCACAAAGAGCUCAGUUCAGCCUACAUUAUUAGUUGUGGGAUUAGGACAGGAGCAUCGCUUGGGACGGUGGUUGAGCAUGAAGGGGGAGGGAGUCACGAAUGCGACAACAGUUCACAUCAUAUAUCCUCGGACAAAGACAACGCCGAACCUUUAGGGCCUUAACGUUGACAUUAUCGCCUACAAAACGAGACUUGAGGUCUUUCUAGUCUACAUAGUACACUCAGGGGCUAAAAUUAAGCAGCGUCGUGACGGUGUGACAAUAUUUAGAACCACGCG